UGUCCUGUCCGACUAAUUCUGUCAGUCGCGUGAUAAGACGUGUGAUCGGACGCUCGGUUAUAUUGUAAUUUUUUUAUUCAAAUACCGGUUCUUUACUAACAAAAUUGAUGUAUAAACAUGUCAUAUACUUUAAACCACGUAUCUAAGCAGUGUUGUGCAAAUUUUGUGGGUGAUUAAGGUAGUUUUGUGAGGUAGAACAAGUGACUAUGUUUUGGUGAAUCGCGGGAACCGUGUUUUGUCUGAAGAAUCCAAGUUUUCGUGAUUGAAUUAAAAUGGGGGAUUCUACAGACAGUGAUUGGAAGAAGAGUAUGGGGUUCCCGAUAAACUACAACUCGGACAGCUCCGAUGAUGAUUUUGAUGCCAAAGAUGUGGUGUUCCGGAAUCCCCGUCACUCUUCCAAGUACCUUCUGGCUGAUAGUGGCGAUGGGGCCGAGGCUGAUCUCCUCGGAACCACUCCUCCUCGCUCAAGGAUCAGGGAUAAGGAGAGAGGGAGAAGGAACCACCUGGAUGCUCCCGGCUUCCAGCGUCUGCUGCGAGAGAGGAAAGACGUCGUGGACCACCAGGUGCAUGAUCCCUCCUCUCCCAUGCUGGACCGCCUGAAGAAGCGGUGCAGCCUCAAGCUGAUCCGCUCCCGGGCGAGAGACAGCAAGCAGGACCUCACGCACGAUGUGCGCGCUGACUCGCUGCCGUCUCCAAACCCCAUGCCGGCUGUGCCCACAUUAGUGGAGUCAUGUAGCCGGUUCAUGUCGCUCACCUCGCGGCCGAAGCACCGCGAAGCCAUCGGCCAUGACACCCUGCUGCCGGACUGCGAGGAGAGGUGGCGCUGUGAUGGCGAUGAGGAACUGCCUCCCAGCCGCGUCAGCUUCCACAAGACCUUCAGUCUGCUCAUCAAUAUGGGGAAUAUUGAGAAGGGCUGUAAGAGAGCCAUAAGCCGCGAAGAGCAAGUCUGGCAGAACGAGCUCAAAGACCUCAUCUGGUUGGAGCUGCAAGCCAAGCUUGCGGGGAGAACUCUUGCGCAGCAGGACGCGUAUCUAUGCGCCCAGAGGAACAUCGUGCCUAAGAUUAUUAAUAAUAUUUUCGAAUAUAAGUUUGUAAAUAAGAAUCCGUGCAGAGCGAAUAGCAAGCGCACGUUGAACUUUGUCACCUCACAGGAAGAUCUUACAGUUCAUGAGGAGAUUAAUGAAGAGGAGCAGAUGUUCGGUUGCCUAUCAUUCGAGUGCGCGUACUGCGCGGCGGCGGUGGGCCGCGCCAUGCGCGAGGUGGCGGCGCUGGUGGACUCCUUCUUCAACGCCGUGGCGCUCUACCCCUCCUCCAGGAACAUGACCGUCGAGCACCCGCAGAUAGCCACGCAGAUGUUUAAGAAUAGGAUUAAGGCGAUGUGCCUCUGGUACAACAUGGCACUGCACAUGCGGCUGAAGCUGGUGGCCAUGCGAAGGAUGCUGCGCUCCAUCCGCCUCAAGAGCCAGCGCCGCGGGGCCCAGCAUGCCACCUCCGUGGACUCCAGCAUCAGCAGACAAUCCUCAGAAACACGUCCGUGCCAGGUGCGAUUCAACGUCAGCAAUCCAUCCGACUCCAGCAGCAGCGACUGCAGCGGACAGUCGGGAGGCUCCGUCAAGGAGGAGCCUGGUGAAUGUGAGGAGAAGGAGGGAGAGGACGGACAUAAGCAGGAGGGAGAGGAGGGACAGGAGGACAAGGGGACUGAUGAUGUUGAUAGUGGAGUUGAUUCUAAGAGCAUAGCGUCCACAAACGGUCUCCCAACCCCGGACAUAUCCUCAGCCUACAAGUUCGGCGACCCCUACACGUCCAACGAGAGCGGCUACAUGUCCAGCGAGGGACCGCCGGUGGCUAACGACGCGUUUGACAUCGGACCUCUGACGGAGCUUACUCAUAUGAGACUGCUUGACAAGUGUAAAGUUUCUUUGUAUAGGGACUACCACCAAGAGAUCCUGAAGACGCAAGGCGUGAGGCGCUGCAUGAUGUUCAUAUACAAGAUGAGGAUGAACCUGCUCGACAAGGUCUAUCUCACGCUAGAGAAACCUGAAACGGUGAAUUCAGAGAACCUUAUCGAGGAGGAUGGUGAAGAAGUGUUCGAGGACGCCGCAAAUGAACGACCUGACUCCGAGAGACAAGAUGAAGAUGAAGUCAAGACUUAUGAGCUAAGCAGAUACGGCUGCUGGUCGGAAGAGUGCCGCUCCAUGCGCCUGCCCUCGUACCGGUCCCACUUCCUGCUGCUGUCCAGCCUGUGCAUGGAGGCCGUGCACGACUACCUGUCCUUCCGCCUCGAGGCCAGGCCGGAGCAUCCCUCGUGUCUUACUGUUAAACAGCUGAUCCACGAGCUGCGCGAGGGUCUGGACAUCGCGUCGGAGAUGCGCGCGGACUUCGCGCUGCACGUGCGCGCCGCGCUGGGCGGCCGGCCCCCGGGGCCUGCUGCCAGGGACCUGCUGCUGCUCACCGGCACGUUUGAUGAUACCGUGGAGACGCUGCUUAAGCAAUACCUCUCAUACCUCACAACGAUGUCAGUGACGGAGCACAUGCCGCGGUCCCGCCUGCAGGCGGAGUGGGCCUUCACCGCGCAGCUGGCCAAGCGCAUCAAGUGUGCCGCUGUACUCGCGCCGCUCACCUUCUCUGACAUCACGUGUAAUCAACUGAACCGACUGCUGCGAGAGUUCGACGACACCAUCGGCAAGAUGAUGAGACACCCGGAGAAAGAUAUGGCCGAGCCUGACAAAUACACGAUCUACAAAGUAUGUCGGCUAGCGCAGAGCGUGUACGCGAUGUCCCGCGACGCCACGCUGCAGGCGGCGCAGUGGGCGCGGGCGCUGGCCGCCAGGCUGGCGCGGGCCCCGCCGCCCUCCUAUACUAAGCAGAGAGCUGAUAUAUUCAACUCAAUAAUGGCGAUCCGGGACCUAAUAACGCAGCACAUCGAGUUCAUCCUGGCGAAGUCGCGGCUGUCGGCCAGCGACGCCGAGCUGCACCGCGAGCUGUCGGAGACCGUCGCCACCCGGGUGCGGGAGCUGCUGCUGCAGAUGUUCAAGCUCGGCUUCGAGGUGAGUAUAUACACAUCCAGCUCAUCCUGGCGAAGUCGCGGCUGUCGGCCAGCGACGCCGAGCUGCACCGCGAGCUGUCGGAGACCGUCGCCACCCGGGUGCGGGAGCUGCUGCUGCAGAUGUUCAAGCUCGGCUUCGAGCGACGCCGAGCUGCACCGCGAGCUGUCGGAGACCGUCGCCACCCGGGUGCGGGAGCUGCUGCUGCAGAUGUUCAAGCUCGGCUUCGAGUCGCGGCUGUCGGCCAGCGACGCCGAGCUGCACCGCGAGCUGUCGGAGACCGUCGCCACCCGGGUGCGGGAGCUGCUGCUGCAGAUGUUCAAGCUCGGCUUCGAGGUGAUAUAUACACAUCCAGCUCAUCCUGGCGAAGUCGCGGCUGUCGGCCAGCGACGCCGAGCUGCACCGCGAGCUGUCGGAGACCGUCGCCACCCGGGUCCGCGAGCUGCUGCUGCAGAUGUUCAAGCUCGGCUUCGAGGUGAGUAUAUACACAUCCAGCUCAUCCUGGCGAAGUCGCGGCUGUCGGCCAGCGACGCCGAGCUGCACCGCGAGCUGUCGGAGACCGUCGCCACCCGGGUGCGGGAGCUGCUGCUGCAGAUGUUCAAGCUCGGCUUCGAGCUGAACAGAGAGCUAUACAAGUUCGUGCACGCGCACCGCGGGGGCGAAGACCGCGGGCUCCGGCGCCGCCCCGCCUCGCUGCAGCCCGUCAGACCCCGCGUCGAGCGAAGACGCCGCCCCGAGACCAUGCUCGUGCAUGAGUCCAUUAACCCACUGAUCCACAAGGAACUCCACCGGCUAGUCUCCGACACAUCCCGCCCCGCCCCACCCCUCGCCCCACCAGCCCGCCCAGCCACCCCGCCGGGGCGGCGGACGCGGCUGCUGCGAUCGGACAGUAUCGUGGACGAGUAUGAAAACAGUGUCUUCGAUGAGAGAUUGUUCGAUAAUAUACAUCAUUUUGGAGAGACUCAGGUCCAAAACAGCAUCGAGCUCCUUCUCUCAGGCUCUGCCGAGACCCCGGGGGAGGACGAGGUGGAACUCCGGCGAUCCUCUCCCACCUUCCCCCCAGGAGUUGAGAGGCGGGUGGCCAGCUGUGAGGAACAACGCUGGGCGGCGCGGGUGGCGAGGGGAGUCAUACAGUUCGCCACCUGCUGGAUGUUGUUUGUGGUCGAGAGGUGUGAUAGAGGAAGAGGAUUGAGGCCUAGAUGGGCGAGUCAAGGUUUAGAAUUCCUAAUGCUGGCGUGUGACCCGCGAAAUACUAAACAUCUCAGCGAAGAAGAAUUUGAGGAGUUGAAGACCCUGAUGGACGGUUGCAUCUCGCACGUGAUCGGGUCGCGGCCCUCGCCGCUGUCGCAGCACCCGCGCCCCGCCGCGCUGCCGCAGCCGCACUCGCCGCGACCACGACCCAGGCUACAGAGCCCACUGCCGAGUAACUGCUCGAGUCGGGAGGCGCCGACGCCGCCGACGCCGCCGCCCGUGGAGGCUGAUCCUCUCAACUAUCCUGAAGCAGAGUCCAAUGCGCACAGACGUCGCGUCCUCUCAGCAAUCGAGCAAGUGGACAGUGCCCGCGACGCCCGGCUGCGGGACAGCAAGAGCGUGGGGCACGUGCUGGCGGCGCCGCUGCCCAGCUACGAGCCCAAGCUGCGCCAGCUCACCUUCAAGUGGCAGCGAGGGUUGAAAAUUGGUGCCGGCACCUUCGGCAAGGUGUACACAGUGGUGAACACGGAAAGCGGCCAACUCCUGGCCAUGAAGGAGCUGUCAGUGGGUGUCGGCGACAGGAGAGCCCUGCAGCGAGCUGCCAACGAGCUGCGCGUGCUGGAGGGCAUCCUGCACCCGCACCUCGUGCGGUACUACGGCUGCGAACUGCACAGGGAGGAGAUGCUGCUGUUCAUGGAGCUGUGCGUGGAGGGCUCGCUGGAGGCGCUGGUGGCCACGUCCGGGGCGCUGGCCGAGCCCACCGUGCGCCGCUACACCGGCCAGCUGCUCAGCGCCGUCCGCGAGCUGCAUGCGAGAGCCAUCGCGCAUAGGGAUAUCAAGAGCGGCAACAUAUUCCUGACGAACGAAGGUCACUGCCUGAAGCUGGGCGACUUCGGCUGCGCCGUCAAGAUCCGCGCCAACACCACCGCGCCCGGGGAACUGCAGGGCUUCGUCGGCACACAAGCUUACAUGGCUCCGGAGGUGUUCAUGAAGUCGUCAGGUCACGGCCGCGCGGCUGACAUCUGGUCGCUCGGCUGUGUCGUCACUGAAAUGGCUUCCGGCAAGCGUCCAUUCUCGCAGUACGACAGCAACUACCAGAUCAUGUUCCUGGUGGGGUCUGGUGGUAGACCCGAGAUCCCCUCCACCCUCUCCGAGGAAGGCCAGGAGUUCUGCAUGUCCUGUCUCACGCAUGACCCCGACCUCCGGCCCAGGGCUGAGACUUUGACCUUACAUCAUUUCCUUAUGGUUAAGUCGGACGAGACGGAUUGUAACUGUGAACCCGCGUACCUCAUCACGUAACGCCGUGACGAGUGACGUCGGGCGUCGAGCCGUGUAUACAGAUACUAGUCUACUAGACAACCGUUGAAUAUCUAGUUAUAUGGGCUUAUAGACCCAAAGGUUUGGACCUAUACAUCAUUUUAUAAGGCACUUGUUUGAAGUUGAACAAUCUUGAUACUUGAACUUUUUAUACAAAUACAUGUGAAACGAAUAAAGUAAUGCUUAAAAUAAUGAUUCAAUGUAUGUAUUAAGAAAUUGUUGCUAUUGUAUUUACGUCGAUGUUUAAACAAGGUUUUUUAAAUAAAAAGUAUCAAGAUUGUUUGUCUUUAGUUAAGUGAUUACUCAAAUUGAGAAGAUACUUGGCCAGUUAAAAGGUCUUGAAAGAUCAUGAUUUAUAUAUGGAAAGACUAUUUAGAUAAAUAUACUAUUGAAGUUUUAAUGUCUAUCAUGUGUGAGUUCCAAGCAUUUAUUAUAACACAUUUUAAUAGAGGAAUAUCUAAUGAAUUGUUUUAAAGGUAGCUUAAUUGUGAUUACAAUUUUAUUAUUAUGUACAACGGACAAUGUCUUAACGGCCUAUAAAUACACCGUGACAUUUUAGUCGUCUUACAACGGCAGCCCACUUCAUGUAUCCAAUGACUAGAACACGUUCAUUAAAAAAAUAUAUAUAUUUAUGACAUUUGAAUAAUUCAAAAACAAAAAUAAAUUCAUUAUUAUGACGCAUGACAUAGAUUAUAAAAACACCCUGUAGUGAGCGCGGCCCGAGUCUUUAUCAAUGGAGCGGCGCGGCGCGGCGCGGCGCGGCGUCUUUAUCAAAGUUCAUUCACCCUAGCGUAAAAUAAGUUUCUUACUAUUGCAAUCUUAAUGUUCUCAUUAUGUAGUAGUUUGUAAACUUGCACUCUUACUUAAUUUGUAACACUUAAUUCCAAUUCUUCUUUCAUACUUUUACGGGCUUAGGACCGUCAGAAACAUUUUUCGUAAUAAAACCAAAACAAAGUGAUGUAAGUUGACAAUGACGUACCUAUUAUCAGGCCUCUGUCACUCUGUACUCGCGCGCGAUAAAUGCCUACCGCUCGCUGGGUUACCGGUAGCCCCACGCGGCUCAGGGCGCACAACAGUCACACGCGCCGCGCGCAACACAAUAUUAUUAUUUUUAUUUCGUGCGGGUUGAUCACUCCUCGGUUCCGUAACAUUAUUAGAUUGUUAGGCGCAGCGUACAAUCUUCUUGCUUCCCUUAAAUUGUCACCAGCUAUUGCGUACACGCGUACCAUUUGUAGGUACUCGAUAUUCGAGUAGCGACGGUUCCUAUCACUCAUCAUGCAAGACGUACCUAUACCCUAUUCAUUCGUAGCGAUCGCGAACAACACUUGAUUACCGGUAGUGCGCGCACACUUCCACUUGCGGUGUUCGGACGGCAACUGAGCCACAGAAUGACCUUUAAAACCUAUUUUUAAGUAAAAGGCGGCAUUUAUCAAAGUCCACGUGGACUCUUUGAAAAGUGCCGUCGUCGUCUUUGGCGGUGCCGUCGUGCCGCUCGUGGAAUGAAUCUCAUUGGAUGACAGUCCACGUGGACUGUGCUAGAUUGGCUUACGAUAUUUUGUCUCGUAAAAAAUGGAGAUGGAACGAUCACUCGACUCGAGCGCUGGGAAGGUACCUACUUUCUACCGUUUGAUACGUAAACAUUAUUAACAGGAUGUUUCUUAUUUCUAAUGUAUUAUUUAUUUUUCUUUGCACCUAUUAUCUUAAUUAAUGCUAUAAAAUUAAUAAUCAUGUCUAGUGGUAUUUUAUGUCGGAUACAUUCAGUGGACCACCUUUGUAAGACGACUAAAAAGUCGCGGUGUAUACAUAUGUGUUUGUAUAUUUGUGCUAUUCUAAUAAAUUAAUAAUGUUCAUAGAUUAUGGUAGGUGGAAAUGUGAAACUUCUUAAUAAUCUUUUUAGAUAAAUGUCACGAUUUUAAACUUAUAAAUAAAAUGUGACUUGUUGUUGAUCAAAGUAACGAAAUAUAUUGUCUUUUAACUAUUGACUUCUGCACCCUGUUAUAGGAAAGAGAAUCAAUGAUUUAUAAAAAAAAACUGAAUUGUUUUUUGUGCCAUUGAGUGUUUAUAAAUCGAAUUAAACACCAAUCUUCUAUGAAUGAUAAGCUUAUUAUAACCAGUUGACGAGUCUUAAAAUGAUGAAGUUCUUCAAACUAAUUGAGCUACAUAAAGAACUGUGUGGAAUAUAAUAUAGAUUUUAUAAUAAAAAAACUUAUCCUUUUGAAAGGAUCUGAAGAUAACUUUAGCCCCAACAUAGAUUUAUAGAAUUGUGAAUACUUUAAAUUGUUUAAUGUAUGUUAUGUCUUAUUGCUUUAAAUAAAUAGUCGUUGCGAACAAAUUAUUCUGUAAAUAAAGAUGGAGUUAAUAUUUUGGUACUUAUGAAAUAUAAUAUAGAGAGCUUUAUUUUAAUAUUGUAAUAUAGUCUUUAUUGUGUAUGUGAUAAGUGCACUUUUCUAGUGUUAACUGUUUAUAUUGGUUUCGGAGGUGAUACUUUUUCUGUGGCUUUAUAUGUAAAAAUACGUAUACAAUUCCUGAAAUUUCAGCUAUUUUCUUGUAAGGAUUAUGACGAGGCAUUAUAUCUUGUAAUGUAAUAUUUAAAAGUUUUAUUCAAUUCAAGAGAAACAAUCUCUUUGUAAUGUUUUGAAUAUGUGACAGAACUGAAGACGUUGACGCGAAUAAAUAAAUCUAUUUGAACAAAGAAAAUUCUUAUUAAUAAAGUAAAAUGUUCUAUAAA